AUGUCACAGAACCGCCGAGAUUCCAUUGCCGACGACUGGCUUGAAGUCGAUAGCGCUGCAUCUGUUAUUUCGAUGGAUUCACGGCCAUCGUCCCCAUCCCCAUCCCCAUCUUCAUCUUCCCCGCAAGUGACCCCUGCAGCAACGACGCAAGCCGUCGCAUCAUCCCACGCUGGCCCAUCAAAUUCCACAUCACAAUCGAAACUCCCAUUGCGCCCGAAGAAUAACCCUUUUGAGCUGUUCGAAGACAUUCAAGAACAGCAAACAUUCCCCGCGCAAGACCCCAAUGCAAGAAUCUAUGUCGAUCCAUCUACAUCAUCACGCACCCAACUCCCAUAUCGUCCAAAAGAUAGCCAUGUUGAAUUCUUCCCAGCAUUUCAACAACAACAGCCUGGGACACCAUGCCCCCAGAAAAGCCCUGGUGCGGAGAUCAAUGCACCUGACAAUGUGCCCUCCGACCCGAAUCCCAGCGAUUAUCACAAGGCAUGCCAAGACACCAAUGCAUCUCUCGACGCUGCUGCCAAACUCGCAAACGACAUUGGAGGAAAUCUAAUCUCGACAAUGGGCCUGAUCCGCUCGACAUGUGAGCAGCUCUGCACGCAAACAGCAGACCUGGGCAAGAUGCUCGACGUCUACGCUCAGCACUGGGCUUCCAAGGGCUCUAGCAUGGCCUUGAUAGAUAUUCCACUGAAUCCCGACACAUGGGGAGUAAUGUCGGAGCUGAAGGAGGUCGUUCAAAAAACACACAACACCCUUUCAAGUGUUGCUCCACCAAAAGACUUUGGCAGACGCUUGACAGCUGCAGAUAUUCCUCUGCAUGCAAACUUGGAGCUAGCUCGUUGUCUCGAGGCCUUGGAGGAUAUCCGGGACUUAUUUACAGAAUUUCUGCCCAUUCUGAAAGCGGAUUUCGAUGAGUUCAGAACCAAGCAUAUGGGUUUCCCGGCUGCAGCACUACCCGAUCGGCACCACAAAAAGCCUCACGAGCCACCGAAUCCCAAAGUCAGACAGAUUCGUGACGAACUCUACGCCAUGAAGGACCACUUCGUCAUGAUAAACGUCUUCUUCUCCAGAUUAAAGGACUCCCAUCCAUCGCCAAACGUGACCGACCCCCUGGUCUUCAAGUCACUGAAGCGCAUCACCACAGCCAUCUCAAGAGUACUGACCAAUAACCCUUCAGACUGGAUCGAGUCAGAUACGGGGUCAUCUUCAAGCAAGACCAUGUCGUAUGCUCAGUUCUUGACACUAGAUCCUGAUGUCCUGCACGAUAUUUCGUCACAUUUACAGGAUUUUCAGGAUGAGCUAGAUUUCGAGGCGAGGCCCAGGGAAGAUGGGUGUGAUUAUUCGCUUGAGAUGAUACAUAAUCAUCAAGAGUUUAUGCUGUUGGAGGGUGGGCAAUUACAGCAGCUUCGUUCGGUUAUUGAGUUUACUGAGACAAUGCUGAUGACGCAAGGUUAA